AUGGUAGCUGGCGGCGCGGGUAGGGCGCGGUGUCGUAUGACGCGUUUCUUUUUCGACAUUUCCAAGCACUUCUGUUGGCGUAUCUUCUUUAAUGCGUAUGAUGGAUGUGUGGGUGGGUGUGUAUGUGUGCUCGCGGGUCGGGAAUUCCCGCGAGACGGAAGGAAGUGUGGCCGAAGCGACGCCACCUGGGACCGGGAGGGAAGGAGGGAGAAAAGAAACGAAGAAAUAUAG